UAGUCGGUUUGCUGUAGUUCACUGCCCAUUCACUGCUCCCGCCCCGCCCGCGGUGACGUCACCGAGUCGAAUGUUUACAAUGUAGCGGAAACUGACCGCGUUCUAAUCCAUUGUUAAAUGGUUACAUUGUUGCCCCGGGAUUCCACCCGUGUCAUUACCAGCAAUUGCAACCUGGUGAAGGACGGAGACCUUGGCUGGUCGGUGCGAGGAUGAACUGUAGAUCGCAGACCCUGGAGCUGACGGUGGAAGCCAGGCAAAUCGAGGAGACGGUGCUGGCUGUCCUCCACACCGUACUUCUGCACAGGAGCUCGGGGAAAUUUCACUACAAGAAGGAAGGCACCUACUCAAUCGGCACCGUGGGCACCGAAGAUGUCGACUGCGAUUUCGUCGAUUGCACCUACGUGAGGGUAUCGUCGGACGAGCUGGACCGCACGUUGCGCCGGUCCGUAGGCGAGUUUAAGGAUGCUCUUCGCAACUCUGGCAGUGAUGGGAGCGGUCAGAUUUCCCUGGAAUUCUACCAGAAGAAGAAGUCACGGUGGCCGUUCUCCGAUGAGUGUAUCCCAUGGGAGAUGUGGGCCUUCAAACUGAAUGUGGUGAACCUGGCCAAUGAGCAGGAGCGGCAGAUCUGCAGGGAGAAGGUGGGUGAGAAGCUGGGUGAGAAGAUCAUCAACAUCAUCGAGGUGAUGAACAGACACGAGUACUUGCCCAAAAUGCCCACGCAGUCGGAGGUGGACAAUGUCUUUGACACAAGUCUGAGAGACGUACAACCCUACCUGUACAAAAUUACCUACCAGAUCACCGAUUCUCUGGGAACAUCUGUCAGUACCACCAUGAGGAGGUUAAUCAAAGAUACCCUGGCUUUAUAACCUGGCAAGAAAUCAUCAAGAAAAAUCCUGUCGCAGUUUUUAAUUGACUUCCUUCCCCCUAGCCGUCAGCUUCUGGUGUUUUAUUUCCUUGAGACAACUUGGGGUUGUCUGUCCAUUUUAAAAUGAGCCACAGUGUGCAAUACCGUGCAAAAUUUCAUGUUCUUUGAGGCCCAGCAGAAAGGUGGUUUAUAUAUAUAUAUAUAGAUAUUUAUUUUAUUAAAUGAUCAAAGAUGGUCGGAAAAAUGUUUUAAGUUACCGGAAACGGCUCUGGAAAGGAGACGCAUCCACUAUUGAGACUGUUAACCAUUGAGAAUUUCCCCUUCUCUGGAAAGGAUAUUGUAUAUAGACACGGAAAUGGCCAGUGAUUUCUGCAUUGCCAUACAGAGAAAGUAGCCUAUUCAUUCACUAGAUAGCCAUUAAGAGGCGUCUUCUGGCAACUAUGAAACUGUCCGCUGGCAUCACUUUUCACCUCAUGGAGAAAAUGUAACGGGGAGAUGGGAGGAGCAGCAGCAAGGAAAAGAUAGAAAUCAUAAUUGUAUUUAAAGUAAAAGUCAGGAUAUGGUAUUCUGAAGUUGAGUUCAGAAAUAAUGUUUUAAUUUUCUUAUGGUAUAAUCUUCUAUGAUAAAAAUGAAUAAACAGAAAAUCCAUUUGGAUUAUUUAUUUACAUGGGUGGUUAAAUGAUGCAGGAUGGUGGGUCCAUUGGCUCAGCUGUGUUGACAGUACACAGGUCUAUUUCCAUUUGUCUCUGCAGCAAUAGUUUGCACACAUUUAAUCUCACACAAACAAAAUUGGGAGAAGGGAUGUGGGGAAGGUGGAAUUCGGAGAGAGAAUGCUAAAGCAUUGGACCUGUUUUUGUGGGACGGUUCAGUCACUCUCCAUGUUAUUCUCUGGAAGGCUUUGUGCUUGUCCUGUGUUAAGUUCAAACUUAUUUUGCAUUAUAUACAGAUAAUGUACUUCAUAUCUGAUUCAGUGCUGAGAAUACAGUUGGAAAAACCUACCUUACUAUGAUCAUCAAUGAAAACAAGCUCAUUUUUCUCAUACUCGGGUUUCAGAGUGCAUCGAAACUCAGAGCCAUCGAUAAACUGAUUUUCUCCUUGCUUGGUUUAGGCAGUACCCAUUCACUAGUCCAGAGAUAUGGUCUUCAUCAAUGACGAUAAUAUUUUGGGCUCGACAUUUUUGGAAAGAACUGCUGGAGCACACCUAGUUGACACAGACCAGUCCAUACAAUGGAAAGUUGCUGAUACAGAGAUAGGCCCUCUUCCCCUCAGUUAAAUGGAGAUCCAGUUAACGUCUAGUCCACCAUGCCCAACUAACGAGGUAGGUUGGUUGAUGUCUGAGAUCCUUUUGCCCCUGUCCCACUUAGGAAACCUGAAUAGAAACCUCUGGAGACUUUGUGCCCACCCAAAGUUUCCGUUGGGAUCCCAGAAGUUUUUGUCUGUCUCCCUACCUGCUUCCAGUACCUGCAACCUCCGGGAACCGCACGGAAACCUUGGGUGGGGCGCAAAGUCUCCAUAGGUUUCUGUUCAGGUUUCCUAAGUGGGACAGGGGUAUUAGACUUUACAUUACUGUAUUUGGAGAAGUUGGUAUUUCUAUUGGAAAGCACGUCAUCUUUAAGCCACAUUGACUCCAAAGAUACCUCUGCUACCUCUAACCCAAGUGUAGUCACUAGUUCAUCACUGGGCAGUUUGCAAACAUGGGGGUGCCAUAGGCAAUGGAAACCAUCAAUAAACUGAGAGUGACCAGUUAUUAACUUGUAUACCAUUAAACUUUGAUCUCCACAUCUCUUGAUAAAACCAACGGUUUAAUGUCUCGUUAGAGCUGAUGUGGGAAGUUGUCAAACCUUGGAGACGAGUGAAUAUUCUUGUACAUAUCCUCCAAUUUAGACACUAGUGCAGGCUACACUCAGAUAUAAAUUGCCCACAUCUGGUUAUGAGCUAGCCUAUGUUGACUUCAACAGCUGAUUUCAACUGCUUUGCAACUAAGUGUGCUACUGUUGGGCUAAUGGGCACAGAGGAGUCAAAAAGCUCCAUCUUUAAAUGUUAUCCUUGCAACUGUUACUGCACAACAGGGGAUUGCUGAUGAGCAGGCUGCUGUGAUGCCUUGUUUAAAUAACCAGAAAAGCUUAUUGGCUCUUGUGUGAGCAUGCAGAUGUUAUUGAAUCAUAAUAACACCAGAAUGUGUCAGUGCCUUCAGAGAAGAAAUGAAGGAAAAGGUGGGAGCAGAAUGGGAAUGUAUGCCUGAAUUGCAAUUUUUAACAAAUAAAGAUAAAUUCUUCUUGCAGAAGUGAACAAUUUCACCAAUGCAGACAUGUGCAUGAGACAAACUAUGUUAAACUGUAUGCUUUUACUUUAAAUGUGAUGCCAGCCUUCAGGUGGCACAUUGUUAAGUAGAAAGGACACGCUACUUGAGAUGUAUAACCAGGAUUUGUAUAGUACAGCAAUAAUACUAACUCUAAUAGGAGUUACUCAAAUUUGGUCAUUAAAGAUAUUUCCGAGUAUUUAAGAAUAUGUAAUUUUUCUUUUGUGGAAACUCAAAACAUCAGUUCUGUACCAAAUGGUUAAAACUAUUUAUAGACACAAAAUACUGGAGUAACUCAGCGGGACAGGCAGCAUCUCUGGAGAGAAGGAAUGGGUGAAGUUAUGGGUU